AUGCGGACGCUUUGCACGACCUACUUCCUGCUGGCGGCGUCGUUCUUCGCCGGCAUCGUGAUCACCGGUGUUGUGAAGAUCAACAAGGAUCAGCUUCUACAUCCUGGGUCCGAGGUGGCCGUGCGAAGCAAGCGGCAGCUUUUGCAGGUUCUCGGGUACGGGUUCGAAUGGGGGUGGAUGAUGAAUGGUUUUGGAGGAUCUGCGGCUAGUGCUAAUGCAAACGCCGCCUCACAAGAUUUCAAAGGAUUUGGAGGGUUUUCGGGGGCUAAUGCUGCAUCGAACGCCUUGAGUCAAAACAUCGGCGGGUACGGCUUUUCCGGUUCGAACGCCAAUGCUAAUGCCUUCAACCAGCAGUUUGGUGCUGGCGGAUUCGGUGGUUCAGCAGCCAACGCUCAAGCUCAAUCCUUCCAGAGUGACGGCCCAUUGGGGUCGUUCGGUGCAUCUGCAUCAAACGCGGCCAGUCAGGGGUUUAGUGCCGGUCCCGGUGGGUUGAGCGGAUCGGCCGGGUUUUCCGGCAGCCAGUCGUACAACUUGCCCGGUCGCAAAAAGAUUUCCCUUUCCUACUCGAACGGGUUUUCACUCGCCAACGGGCAACCGUCAGCCUCGAACGGGUUUAGUAUUUCGGAGAGCUAAAACUCCGUCUGGUGUUUCCACUACGGAAUGUUCGUUCGACGGAGGUCUUUGUUCCUCUAAGCUAUUUAUUAAACUGUCUGCUGCUACACGCUGUGCUUCCAUCGUGUUUACAACAAGCUUCAAGGCGAUCCUCGUUGAUUAUCAACACAUCCAUCAAAUCGUUCUACUCAGUAUGUGC